CUGUCCUGUAUGUUUUCAAUCAAGUGAUGUAGUUUCUCUCAAAUACUCGUGCAAAGCACCAUGGGCAACGCGCUGUUUGGGAGAGGAAGCGACAAACAUGUUGGCAGCAAAGAGUCUGGGCUGGAAAUUGUUGUACUGGGGACUGGUGCCGGAGCUACGCACAUUUACUCAAAGGAGAGCUCGUCUUCGUUUGUGGUGCUCCGAGACGGGGAGCCCGUGCUGCUGUGCGACAUGGGGUAUGGCGUGACCGCCUCGUGCCUGCAGCACGUGGGGCGCGUGCCGGCAUGCACCUACAUCAGCCACAACCACGGCGAUCAUGCAGGCGAGCUGCCUCUGGUCCUGGCUGUGGAGGGCACGGCGGCGGCGGCGGCGGGGCGGCCGCUGCUGGCGCUGCUGGCGCACCCGGACGUGAUGGCGGAGCUUCGCGGGCACCGACUGCGGGAGCUGCACUCCACAGGGCGGCCGCUGGAGAGCUUCGCCUCGUUCCACGAAGUGCCCUCCGGCACCGCCACACCCGUGCCUUGCUGUGGCAGUGGCAGCGGGAGCGGCAGCGGUAGUGGCAGUGGCGAGGGCAGUCGCAACAGCAACGGCUGUGGCACCAGUGGCCGCGGCAGUAGCAGCCGCAGCGCCGCACCUGGCGGCUGCGGGUUGUCGGUCCGCCCCUUCCGCGCCCGCCACAGCGAGACCUGCUAUGGCCUGGUCAUAUACGAUGAGGGGCGGCCUGUGCUGGGCUGGACGGCCGACAGCGGCUAUGACGAGGAGCUGUACACGGCGCUGGCGGAGGCGCCGCUCGUUCUGGUGGACGCACGAGCCAAGGGCAGCGCGGAGCAUGCGGGCUUCAGCGACCUGGCACGCAUAGUGUCGCUGCCAGCGCUGCAGGGCCGCCAGUUGUAUGUCACCGGGUAUGGGCGUCAGGACGAGGCGCCGCGGCCCGCAGACGGGGUGCCGGCCGGUGUGCGGCUGGCGCGGCCCGGCCUGCGGAUAGCGCUGCAGCCGGCACCAGCGGCGCGGGCAGAGGCGCAGGCUGGGGCUGGAGCGAGCAGAGCGGGUUGCGGCGGGGCGGCUGGAGGAGAUGAAGGGCUGCAGGGGCGCAGCAAGGAGGCGGCGGCAGCGAGCGAGGCAGGGCGGCCGGGUGGGCAUGCGUUUGAGGCGGGGAGUGGUGGGACGUCUGGGGUGAGGGCUGCGGUGCGGGUGUAGCCGUGUAGACGCUCCAUCUUGUGUGUGGCUCCACUGCUGUUCAGGGCGCUUUACAAAAGGUCGGUGUCAGCUUAUUUGCUCUUCGGGAGUUCGGGGGGUGAUUUGACGUGUGUACUAAUGUGAUGUACCGUAUAUUGUGUUGCGCUUGCUUGCGUUCGGGUUCUGGGUGUAUUGUGCGGUGAAUCGGACAAUCGGUGAUCACUCAGUAGUACUGCAUGGGCGCUGGAGAAAGCGGACCGGCGGACGGGCAGUCGUUGUGCGGGCCGGAGCUCCAAAAUGUAGGCCAUUUAGCCGAAUGAUCUAACCCUAUCAUACUUUUGACGGUGGUAGAGAUAUGUGCUUGUUGUGACUGACUGACCGGGAUACUAAUUGUUUGGAGAGCAGGGGGUGCAUGUUUGGAUGGAAAGUGAGUUGCGGCUGCGGUUGAAGGAGAGGUUGCAAAGCAUGGACUUCAUGGUCUCUGCCGUGCCGGAUGAUAAGUUAUAAACAC